AUGGGAUUUCUUUGGGACAUAAGAUCAUGUACGUCUUGUGAUAGUCUUAAUAUCGAAUAUAAACAACCGGGCAAUAUCGGUGAUAUACCACACUGUAUAUACCAUAGUAUAUAUAUACUGUACGUUGUGUAUAUACACAGAAGAUUAUCGAUAAGGAUCAAGAGAGUUUUUGCUUUUAGCAAAAGAAAUAUCCGAAUCUUUAUUUUAUUACAAAUAUUGGGUAUCGGGAUGAAACUAGCUUUGCCUUCUUCCAUCUUCCACAUCCCCUCACUCGAUCUAUUUUCCCCAUGCAUUGACAGGAAAUAUUUCACCGAUUACACACAGAAGCCUGAAAUUCCAACUUUUCUCUAA